CCAGUUUUAAUUUAACUUGCUGAAAUCAGACCCAGCUACAAUGCCGCUCGUAAGGCGUGCGGCGCAGAGCCUCUUGACGUCAUGGGCUGCUCCUAGCUGCGGUGCCAUGACGGAGUUUAUGCGGUGCAUGGGCACGGAGCGCCGUCCCGGAGAGUCCGGAGCUUGGAAGCAGGUUGAGCGGCAGCGAUAUGCCAGCGACUGGGAGCAUGACCCCACGUUCAAGCGAACACCUAAGAACUUGGCCGAGGUACUCGACGACAGCGCGCAUAUGCUGCUGCUGACGGAGGUUUGGCGUGGCAUGGCUUACACCCUGGGGGCUUUCUUUGACAAGAAGGUCACGAUCAUGUAUCCAUUCGAGAAGGGGCAGGUCAGCCCUCGCUUCCGUGGAGAGCACGCCCUACGGCGGUACCCAACCGGGGAAGAGCGUUGCAUUGCUUGCAAGCUUUGCGAGGCGAUUUGCCCCGCCCAGGCGAUUACCAUUGAGGCGGAGGAGCGUGAGGACGGCAGCCGCAGGACGACUAGGUACGACAUCGACAUGACGAAGUGCAUCUACUGCGGCUUCUGCCAGGAGGCAUGCCCCGUGGAUGCGAUUGUGGAGGGACCCAACUUUGAAUUCUCCACUGAGACGCGCGAGGAGCUGCUGUACGACAAGCAGAAGCUGCUGGAGAACGGUGACCGUUGGGAGACGGAGAUUGCCACCAACCUGCGAACGGAGUCGCUCUAUCGCUGAGAUGCUGUUACAACAUGGGUUGCAGUAGGGUAGUAUGCGCAUGUGUUGCAUCAGGUCGUGUAGAGUGGAUUGAUAAGGCGGAAGGGUGUGGACUGUAGAUGAAGUACUCUUUAUUUUAUGUAAGAUAGUGUGGGUACAUGUGGUUUUUGGGUCAAGGUUUCGUAGGGCUGGAUGGGUUAGAUGUGUUGUAAUUGUAUGAUGUGGUUUUGGGUUCUGAUUAAUCGUCCAAACACAUGGGAGCGUAUAUCUUAUAUGUAAAAAAUGCACGCAUCGUGUGGUAAG